AUGGCGCUGCGGGGGGCCCCGCUGCUGCUGCUGCUGUGCUGCUGCUGCGCAGCAGCAGCAGCGCAGCACGACGAAGAAGACCCUCUGGGGGACCUUCCCGGGGAGCUGCGGGAGGAGGGCCUGGAGGUGAGUUCGCCCGAGCUGCUGGAGGCCCUAGCAGCAGCUGAGCAGCUGGAGGCGGAGAAGGAAGCAGCAGCAGCAGCAGCAGCAGCAGCAGCAGCAGCAGGCGACGCCUUUGGGGAGGCUUCUUGGGAAGGGGGCCCCCCGGGGGCCCCCCUGGAGGAGGCCUCGUGGAAGGCGGUCGAGCGGGGCUCUGGGGAGGAGGGGGCCCCCCCGCGUUCUCCCGUGGGGGCCCCCCCAUCCCCGGGCGCCCGGGGCCCCCCCCCGGGGGCCCCCCCGGCC